UAAACAAACGAACAAGUAAAGUGCAGAUUAAACAUAGAAUUUUUCAACUUACAACAUUUACAAACGAGUGAUAAAAUCUGCUCUUCAUUCGGACGAGCUAAAGUGGGCCGAAAGCAACCUUAUCGCUACGCGAUGGAUUCUCGAUAGAAUUCGUAAUUAGCUUCGUACACGCUAUAUCCAUGCAAUGGAUGUUGCAACGUUUAGCAUUGCAACCUUUAAUUUGUGAUUUACCACGUAUGUUGCCGCUUGAAGGAAAACCCCCUACAAUCCCGUGUCCCAGUGUAACCUCUUAUUUUGGCCUUGCCUCAAUUCCAUGGCGCUCAGCGUGAAAGUGAAGGCGACCAAGAACCGCUCCACUUUCGGGCGAGACCUUACCAUCUAUGAUUAUGCCAACAGUUCAAAGUGUACGAAUCGGGCAUCGAAGCUUUCGCACCAGCUAACCGUCGCCGAAAUCGAUCUAGAUUCGGAGAUAGCUGCAGACGAUCCCGAUCUCGAUCACCAACUAGUCGGAGAACGGGGGCGGGCGGGCAAGAAGCGACAAGCGGACGAAACGUUGCAAAUGGUCGAAUAUCACGACUAUCACAUCGAUCUAUGGUUCCUGGUAGCGGAACAUAUCCGCCCGGAGGAUGUCUGUCGAUUCGCGCUUAUAUGCCGCAAAACGGCAGAAGUAGUACAAAGUGGUCGAUUUUGGUCUCAACUAUAUCGAUCGUACUAUAACCAUCUGAUUGAGUUGCCCCCUCGUUUCCAGCCCGAUAGUAUGGUCCGAUUGCGUGGACUCAGGUCGGCUGUGAUACGGUCACUAUUCUACCUUUACCCACCAUUCGUAGAACGACUCCAGCUAGCAUCCUAUCACAACCCAUACCGUGUAGUUGGUCGACAAUUGCUAUCCGUGUGGCACAGGCGCACGAAAAACUGCUGGACGUAUUAUUUCCGACUGAAAGCAUCUUCACUACCCGGCAGUCGGCCGGCGCAAUCUGCGAAACUGCAACGGGAGAAAAACAGCCUUGCUUUCAUGCAGGAUAUCUACAUGAAUCCGGAAGAAGGUUGCCAGAUAUUGAUGAUAACAACGGACUAUCUUAAAGUGAUACCGAUGUACAGCGAAACUCUUUUCGUGAAAAAUCUUACACAGUCUCUGUCCCAAAGCAUGAUGCGCUACAAGGUUCGUCUCGAACUGGCGAACUACUGCGGAAAGCGGAUGGACGAGAUCAUCUUCGACCCGACCCGAAGCGUGAAUGUACUUGAUUGGUGGAAUCCUGAAUAUUACAAGGAGAUUGAUUGCACUUGGCAGAGCGACUCUACGUUAGCCGGCCCGGAAUGGAUGGAUGAAUCGGACUGGGACGAUUAAACAAAGAUGCAAUUUUAUUUUUAUUGAAUGGAAAUAAACAUGGUGGUUUGCAGACACUA